CAAGACCCAACCAUAACCGUUUUAAUUACCUAACCUACAACAUUAUUUAGAAUAGUGAAUAAAAACAUUAUUCUGUAACGUUAGUAUAAAGUGUAAUUUUUAAAUAUGAGUAAAAAAGAAUUAAAGUUGCAGUGUUUAAAUACAAUUGAUUGUAAUCAAGGAGCUGUUCGGGCUGUGCGUUUUAACGUUGAUGGUUCAUAUUGCUUAACAUGUGGAUCAGACAAGAAACUUAAGUUAUGGAAUCCGUAUCGGAAUUUGUUGUUGAAGACUUAUGGAGGUCAUGGAAAUGAAGUUUUAGAUGCUAGUGCUUCAUGUGAUAGUAGUCAAAUUGUUUCGUGCUCAUCAGACAAAUUGGUUAUAAUUUGGGAUGUAACCACGGGGCAAUCUGUAAGAAGGUUUCGGGGUCAUGCAGCUACAGUUUCAUGUGUGCGAUUUAAUGAGGAAUCAACAGUUGCUGUUUCUGGCAGUUUAGAUAACACCGUUAUGUUUUGGGAUGUUAGGUCACGAAAGAAUGAACCAUUUCAAAUUUUAAAGGAUGCCAAAGAUUGCAUUACAUCAUUAGAAGUUAUAUCACAUGAAAUAUUGACUGGGUCGGUGGAUUGCUCUGUAAGACGUUAUGACAUUAGAAAUGGCUGCUAUGAUGCUGAUUUUGUGGCUGCACCCAUUACUUCAGUAAAGUUUUCCCAUGAUGGACAAUGUAUAUUGGUCAGUUCUGCAGACAAUAUUAUAAGACUUCUGGAUAAAACAUCUGGGGAGCUAUUGGGAGAAUAUGUGGGCCACCGAACGGACGAUUUAAACAUAGAAAGUGCGAUAAUGACUAGUGAUAAUCAUAUUCUAUCAGGUUCUGCUACUGGAGAGUUGUGGUGUUGGGAUUUGAUUAGUGGAGAAGUUGUUAAAAGACAUUUUCACACACCAGGAAAAGCUUUACAUUCUCUCAGUGUUCACCCUAAAAAGGAUAUUGUUCUGACUGCCUCAGUAAAUACUAUUAAAGUGUGGGGAAGUUCUGAUGAAGAGAUCAUAGAACUUACAUAAAUAUACUACAUGUAAAAUGUAUGCUUUUACUUCAUUAAAAAAAUAUAUGUA